AUGUCCGUUGUUCAGCCCCAGAACACGCCUGUAUCGCCCGGGAGCGUACACAAACAAACUGGAGUCACUGUAAGUGCUCACGGGCAAAAGCCCGGCGGCGCUCUUACUGGCACGCCAACGGGCACUACGGUGCCUGGCAAUCAAACUAAUCGCCUGAAUAUUGAGAAAAUGGUCGAAUCUCUGACGGCGGCUCUGGGGAAAGAGAGCUGGAGCAAGUACGCGCAAAUCAUAAGUCUCUUUGUGCUCGGCAAACUCUCCAGAAAGGAGCUAGUGAACGAGCUGGAUCUACUCUUCAGUCCUCAGCAAGAAAACCAAGGACAAUUAAUGCAAGGCAGUAACAUGAGUCAUGGAACUCUAAUACGAAUGCACAACCAACUGCUUUUAGCAAUCUUGACAAAUUCGGUAAGGGGUUCGCCGCUGGGAGAAUCCACUGAAGGAUCAUGGGGCUUCAAUAACGGCACAACACACUCGAGUAAAAAGAGGUCUAACAAACAUAAUUCGCAGAUUGACACUUAUAAGAAGAUUGUAAUGUCCUUGCCGGCUGAGGACAGAAGCCGGCUGAAAACGAUUACAAAGGAGGCCGGGAAGCGAGGAUUUGUGCUUUGCUCGGUUCUUCAAGCGCGUCUCAAUAAUAUACCUAAAAUUCCGAUUGUCACUAACCCUGAAACACUGAAAAGAAUCAAGGCUAGUAAUCUGAAAACGCCAUUGGAAUGGUCUCAGGAGAUCGUGAACGGUUUUUCUGCACCGUUAGCAACUGAGAGCUAUUCUCUGCCAGAUAAUGACUCUUUAUAUCUCCGAAUGAUAAGUAUAGCACGCGAACACGGGCUGGUUGGUGCUGUGGAUGGCAGAUGUGUGGAGAUUAUGACAUUAGCGCUCGAAAACUAUUUGAAAAAUGUGGUUGAGUCGGCCAUUGAUACUGUGAGGUAUCGAGAAAAAUACCACUCCGACUAUUACGACUUGAACGAAGAAGGAUUUUAUCAAGGCGUUGCUGGUACUGACGAAGAGGUAGCUUGUGAAGGUAACGAGCUUACGCGCGAUCUCAGAUCAAUUACAAACGAAGAGAUGGCUCAAACUCUUUCAGUAUUUCCUAAUCUAGUAGCUCCGACUGGCGCUUAUCUGAAUCUCAGCAUGUGCGGCUUACUUAAUGAUGACGAGCUCGUUACCAUGGCUAGUACGAUUGACGAUCUUCCGGAAUUUCAAGAAGACAAACCGAACUUCACGCCGGUCGACGACAAGAACGUUGGAAGUAGAGAGGAGCUAAACUGGUUAAUUAAGGAUAUUCUUACAAAAGAAUGA